AAAAGUAUAUUUACCAAUUACGGAAAAAUCUAUUUAUAAUUGUGUUCUAAUGCUUCUUAACGAUAUUUCAUUCUUAACUUAUAAUAAAUCCGUGGGUUGUAUGCAUUAAUUUGAGGUUAAAAAUUAAUCAAAUAAAAUGAGAACUAUUCUUAUGGUAGCAGAGAAGCCUUCUUUGGCUUCUUCCUUAGCUCAAAUUCUAAGUAAUAACAAGAAUACAUCUAGAAAAGGAUUAAAUGGAUCUUGUUCAGUGCAUGAGUGGAUUGGUACAUUUAAGAGUAGCCAAGCAAAGUUUAAGAUGACAUCAGUGUGUGGACAUGUUAUGUCUUUAGAUUUUAAUUCAAAGUAUAACAAUUGGGAUAGAGUGGAUCCGGUUGAGCUUUUCAUGUGUCCAACUGAGAAGAAAGAGGCUACACCUAAACUAAAAAUGCCAUACUUUUUGAGUCAAGAAGCCAAGGGAUGUGAUACCUUAGUUCUGUGGUUGGAUUGUGACAAGGAAGGAGAAAACAUCUGCUUUGAAGUUAUGAAUGCAGUCGCCAAUUCUAUAAAUGUCUAUUCCAAUAAUGUGACAUAUAGGGCUAAGUUUUCAGCUAUCACUGAGAAAGAUAUUAAAGCAGCAUUCAAUAAUUUAGGAGUUCCAAAUGAAAAUGAGGCAAAAAGCGUUGAUGCUAGACAGGAAUUGGAUUUGCGAAUUGGCUGCGCUUUUACUCGCUAUCAAACCAAGUAUUUUCAGGGAAAGUAUGGUGACUUGGAUGCAUCUUUGAUAUCAUAUGGACCCUGUCAAACUCCAACUUUGGGUUUCUGUGUGCAAAGACAUGAUCAAAUACAAACGUUCAAAUCGGAACCAUACUGGAUUGUUCAAGUGAACGUAAAAACGUCCGACGGACAAGAUAUAAAUUUAGAUUGGCAAAGAGUUAGGAGUUUUGAUAAGGAAGUUGCGAACUUGUUUUUGAACAUUUGCAAAUCUGAGAAAACAGCAAAAGUAUUAAGCGUGAUCAGUAAGGAGAAGAGUAAAGUGCGUCCAGUUGCUUUGAACACUGUUGAAUUAAUGCGCGUUGCAAGUUCGGGAUUAGGGAUGAGUCCUCACCAUGCUAUGCAAAUUGCAGAAAAGCUCUAUAUUCAAGGCUACAUAAGUUAUCCGCGUACAGAAACUACUAAAUAUCCAGAAAACUUCGAUCUCAUGAGUGUAUUGAAGCAACAACAGAACAGUUCUGAAUGGGGAACGGAGGUGUCCGAAAUUCUAGCGAACGGUAUGAAUCGGCCUAAAAGCGGACACGACGCUGGUGACCAUCCUCCAAUUACACCAAUGAAAUUAGCAAGCAGGCACGAAUUGGAUGCUGAUUCCUGGAAAUUAUAUGACUACAUCGCUCGACAUUUCAUUGGUACUGUAUCUAAGGAUUGCAAAUACAUGAGUACAACUUCCACUUUCGAUGUGAAUGGAGAAACCUUCUCGGUUACUGGUAAAAGCCUUAUAGAUCCAGGAUACACGAAAAUCAUGACUUGGCAGGCUUUCGGUAAAAAUGAAAUCGUUCCUAAUUUCAAAACUAAUGAAAAUGUGGCGAUUACCGAUUGUAAACUCACUGAGCAUCAAACUUGUCCACCGGAUUAUUUAACGGAGUCUGAAUUGAUUACUUUAAUGGAGAAGCACGGAAUCGGCACUGAUGCAUCAAUCCCAGUUCACAUAAAUAACAUUUGUCAAAGGAAUUAUGUGAAUGUUACUGGUGGUAGGAAACUUGUUCCUACAACGCUUGGCAUUGUUUUGGUCCACGGCUAUCAAAAGAUUGACGCCCAAUUGGUUCUACCAACUAUGCGAUCAGCGGUUGAAGAACAGUUGAAUCUCAUCGCUUUAGGCAGGGCGGAUUUCCAGGCAGUUCUAAAGCAUACCGUGGAUAUAUUUAAAUUGAAAUUUCAAUAUUUCGUCAAGAACAUAGAUGGCAUGGAUCAGCUGUUCGAAGUUUCCUUUUCACCGUUGAGCGCUUCGGGCAGAGCAUUUUCACGGCCUGAUUACCUUUUCAGCAGGUGCGGAAAGUGUAGAAGAUAUCUGAAGUUCAUUCAGGCGAAGCCGCAGAGGUUGCAUUGUCCGCAGUGCGACGAAACGUAUUCUCUGCCACAAAAUGGCAAGGUCAAUUUGUACAAGGAAUUGAAAUGCCCGUUGGAUGAUUUCGAAUUACUAUCUUGGAGUAUGGGGAACAAAGGGAAGAGUUUUCCGUUCUGCCCUUACUGUUAUAACAAUUCGCCAUUUAGGGAUAUGAAGAAAGGAAGCGGUUGUAACGCGUGCACACAUCCAACUUGUCCACACGGUUUGAACGCUAAUGGAAUUUGCAGUUGCAUUGAGUGCGAAUUCGGAGUUCUUGUUUUAGAUCCUUCGAGCUCUCCCAAGUGGAAACUGGGUUGCAAUAAAUGCGACAUUAUAAUACAUUUAUUCGAGGACGCCCAGAAGAUUAUGAUCGAUGAUGAAGUUUGCGAGUGCGGAACACAGCUGGUUACUGUGAAGUAUGUUGCAGAGAAGUCCAAGUUUCCGAAUCAAGCCAUGGAGAUGUCCGGUUGCAUCUUCUGCUUACCUGAGUUUAAUAAGCUUGUGGACAAGCACAAAGCUAUUGCCAGUCGGCCGAAAGGUCGAAUCUUUAGGGGCGGAAAAGCAGGCGGCAGAGGACGUGGCGGACGGGGCAGAGGUAGACAGCCAAAGGACAAAAUGGCCCAACUCGCUGCAUACUUUGUUUAAAACAGAUACACAAAUGGAUAAUAAAGAGAUUUACAAAAAGAAAACAAGCACACGAGUGAGUUUCGAGUAUAUAUAUUUUCAUUUCAUAUGAACACAACAAGUUUUGAAUGUAAAUGCAUUUGGUUUUUUUCUUUGCUCGUCACACCGUAUCGACCAUAUAUUUCUUCCAUCCCAAAAAUAUCUUGCUUUAAAUAUACAUAACAUAUUUUGUUUUUAUUGAUAGUUUGAAACACGCAGAACUUCGUUGAACGCUAGAUUAGUAUCAAAAAGAUCUUGAAUUUUAACAAUCAAGACAGGCACAAAGUUCGGUUUUUUCUUUAUACUAUAAUAUAUAUACUAUUUUUUCCUCCGUCUCAACCAUGCCACGCCUCCCAAUUAUCUAAUCGACGUUUCGAUUUGGUAAUUCAUUAGAAAUCGAUUAAAAUUUUCUGAAAUGAUGACUACGUGAACCACAUUCACUCGUUAAAUAAAAUUUUCAAUAUAUAAGUAAUUAAUUUUGCAAGAACAAAUUUCAGUGCCUUUGCAAAGUAAUCAUUAUAGGCCGCUCAUUUUUCUGAACCACCGCUACAAAAAUAGCAAGACAUUAACUCGACACAUUUGGUUAAUUCAUAAAUUACAGUUUAACCUUAAACAUAUGUACAAAAAAUAUAUAUAUAAGUAAAUCAAUAUUAUGAUGAAAACUCAUAAUGAUUCGAUUUAAUGUCUUGCUAUAAUUUUGUAUACUUAAUAUGGUUCACCGUGAUUUUUUUUUAGCGAUAUU